CCGGAGAGCUCGGCAGCGCGGCGCCCGGCGCCACUCCGGUACAUGGAUUACCUGAAACUCGUAGUCCCUCCUCAGCCUCUCUGGGUGACUGCAGAAGACAUAGAAUUGUGGCAUCACAGCAGAUUGGAAGUUGAGCAAGUUGAGGACUAUGUCUGAAUGUAUCCAGCUCUCAUUUGCUGUUUGUAGAAUUGGCAUUUACACGUGUUUUAGAGCACUUUGCUGCAAGGGACCGCCACCACCACGACCUGAGUAUGACUUGGUUUGCAUAGGCCUCUCUGGCUCUGGCAAGACAAGUCUUCUGUCUCAGCUCUGCAGUGAAAGCGCGGAGAAUAUCGUGUCUACCACAGGUUUUAGUAUAAAAGCAGUGCCAUUCCAGAAUGCAAUUUUGAACGUAAAAGAACUUGGAGGAGCUGACAAUAUCAGGAAAUACUGGAGUCGUUACUACCAAGGAUCCCAAGGGGUAAUAUUUGUACUAGACAGCGCCUCCUCGGAAGAUGAUCUAGAAACUGCUAGGAAUGAGCUGCAUUCUGCUCUUCAGCACCCACAGUUAUGUACUUUGCCGUUUUUAAUACUGGCCAAUCACCAAGACAAGCCAGCAGCUCGCUCAGUACAAGAGAUAAAAAAAUAUUUUGAACUUGAGCCACUUGCACGUGGAAAGCGCUGGAUUCUUAAACCCUGCUCCUUGGAUGACAUGGAGGCAGUAAAAGACAGCUUCUCCCUUCUAAUAAACUUGCUAGAAGAGAGAGACUUCGAACCUUCAAGAAUGUGAAAGCCAAGAGAAAGAAGAGGUUCCCACGCAUUGCUGUACCUGCUCACUCUGUCACAGCUUAAUUGCAGCGUAGUAUCAAGGCUGAGCUGUGAUAUGUUGUUCAUACAGAGUUAAUACAGAAUGUCCUUUGGUUAAAAUAAAUGUUCUGUGAAUCAGGUACACAGCUAUUUCCAGUAAAAUUGUCUACACUACUGAAGUAGAAAGUCCCUCUUUGUUUACCACUAUUUCUGCACACUGCAUGUUGCUUUCUUUCACCACGAUCAUCCUUGGUAGAAAAAUUUACACGCACAAAAAUAGCAUAGUACAUAAAGGAGGAAUUCCAUGUGUUACCUUGAAUUUUAAAAAUAAGUAAUGUCUAAAGAAUUUAUGAGUCCAAUUUAGCUUGUUUAUUGACCUCACAUUAUGGAAGAGCACAGCCACUGAGAACCUUAAUAGGGUACCUAAAACACAAGCAGUUUCAUGUUAAUGCAAAGGUUAUUCCUGAGGUUUUACUAGGUGAAAACACAGUUGAGGUAGUGGACUUCACAAGGUAGUUGAGUGUCUUCUAAAGUCACUGCAAAACCCUGCCAGAGGCAGUGUGGUAUUUUGCUGGAAGUUUGCUGAAAAAUAAAAUGACAAACAGAUGUACACAGAUAACAGUACUUGGGGAAAUCAGCUGACAUGAACAGGUGAUCUAAGUAAAAAGAUUUUAGAAGUAUAUGAAAGAUUUUAGAAAUAUACAGAAGUUGAAUAAAGUAAUAAUUUUCAUUGAAAGUAGUUUUCCAUAAGAAAAACAGAGCAAAUAUCGGUUAGUUCAUCUGUGGAGGCUUUAUUGCUAGUUAAAAGUAUAAGUGAUUUUUAAAUACUUCCUUUAUCACUCAUUCGUAGACUACUACUGCUAUUGUAACAUUGCCAAGGCAUCUAUCCAGUAAUUAAGGGUCUUCCAGUGUUUGUACCAGAAGCUUCUCUUUUCAAGGGGAUUGUAUCUUGUUCUUUCAAACUUCCUCUGGGCUACAUGUUACUUAGAAGACAAAAAAGUAGUAAUUGGAAACAACGUUUGUAAUACAUUUAGAAGAAGUUGAUUUGGGUCACAUAACACAGUCCACUUUUCCUCUUUCCUUGUUUUCCCCACUGUAGAUUUGCAGUAUUUCAGCUACUUUGUGUUGAUUUUUUAAAAAAACUCAUAAACUGAUUUUGUCCAUUGAAGAAACGUGCCAGGCCACUGGUUGACAGUGACAACAGGGUCUGUGCAGAUCAGUCACUGGACUGGUGCUCGCCUUGAAUGCUGUGCCUUGUGCAUUCAGCUACUCUUGUGCAUGAGUGUUUGCAAACACAAACUCAAGUGAGGUGUCAUUAGUUCCUCAUCAGCUCUGCUUCUGUCUUGAAACACACAAUGCCUUGUUUG